AUGACUAAGCCUGUUCUCCGCGAGGCCACAGUAGCCACAAGCGCAAGAAACAUCAUCGACUGGACAAGGACAAAUUCAACGAUCGUGAUGACGGACAUCACGCCCCUCGUCAACGAGCUCCUCAAGGCCCAUGGCACCACGGCGAUUCCAUUCAGAUCCCUAGCUGGGACUGGGGAAGCACAGCGGCCUUCAACAGAGACGGUAGAUGAGUUUUUGAAGGAGGCGUAUAGAAUAAACUCCCAUAUAACCUCCCUCCUCACCUACCUAAAAUCUAUCCGACAAUCGUAUCUCUCCACUACCACACCGCGAGCCCCGUUCCCCCACAAUGGCCGCUCGCAUCACCACCCAUCAUCAUCAGCAUCCACAGCCCCCAAACAACCACCAGCCCAAAAACAACAUCUAACCGACACAGACCGCGACACAAUCGACUCCUCCACAGCCCUCGUCCUCCGCGACCUCUCCAGCUCAAUCGCCAACCUCGCCUCAGCCGAAACCCUGCGCCAAGAAAUGCAGUCGACACUCCUGCGCAAGAAAUUCGGGCUCGAUUUUAAGAACAGCGCCCUGUGGAAGUGGGCUGCCGGUGGUGGUCAGGUAGAAACCAGUGGCACGGGCUCGUCAGAGCAGAGACGACUGGAGGAGACGGAGAGGACGUUGAAAACGAUACGGGAGAAUGUGCUAUGGUGGUUGCGAGGGCGGUUGGAGGGCGUCGCAGAGGUGCAGAGGGGAAUGGUGGAAAAGAGGAUUGAGCGGAUUAAGGAGAAGGAGAAGAGCGUCUUGCAUAAGAUGAGUAGCGUCCCCGGGGUUGGUGCAGGUGGUUUCGGGCCAGGCAGUGACGGAGGAGGGUUGUCGAUGCGGGAUCGUCCGACUGCUUCUGAUAUCCUGCCAGAUGUGAUUGACGAGAAAGAGAAGGCUGAGAUUGAAUCAAAGCUGUCACCGGAGCAGCUGCAGCUAUUCGCGCAGGAGAACGACGGACUGCUGAAGCAUUAUGAAGAUACGCUGGGUAAAGUAAAGACUGCCGAGAAAUCACUUCUGGAGAUUUCCUCCCUGCAGCAGACGCUGGUCAUGCAUUUGUCCACGCAGGAGGAUUUCAUCAACCAGCUUGUCUCGGACGCAGCCAAUACGGAGACCAAUGUAGGGCAAGCCAAUAAAGAUCUCAAGCGGGCUACCGAGCGGCUGAGUACCGCCCAAGCAGUUUUCUGGGGAACCGUUGGGCUGUGUACGUGGUUGAUUAUUUGGGAUGCGAUAUUUUGA